AGAUAGUCAGGGUAGAGCUGUGAUAUGCGAUGGUUAACAUUGAGAUGAUAUCAUCUGAGUUUCUGCAUUCGUUCAUGUAUGAUUGCAUAUCCUCAUUCAACCGAAUUUAUUUAUACAAUGUUUGAAGCAUCCUUGUUGAGUUAAGGUGUGGAUUAUGCGAUAAAUAAGAAGUUCUCUUCCUUUUUCAAUACAAGGAAAAUAACUUUCAUUUACGGUAGAAAUGUAUCUUAUAUUGUACAAAUAUCAUUUAAAUAAAACUUGGUGGUAAUGAACGGAUAAUGAUGUAGUGCGCGUUACCUUUUCUAGGAUACGCCAUGACUAAAUUGUAUGCAGCAACCGGUACUGGCAUGGAUCAGUGGAAUUUGUAAUUUAUAGCCACAUUUCCAACGUGUUGUUGUGAACUGACCAAAUAUUGUGAAUGACUUGACUUCGUGUUUUCUUAAUAAACCAUUGACUUAUAGCGUUAUGUUGGUCCUCACUGAUGUCACUCAGUCAACCAUGUCAGGUCAGCCAGUCGCGGAUGAAACAACUGUAUCCAUGGAAACCAGCACAGUUGCAGAGACGACUAAUAUAACCCGGACAACCACGCCGUAUCCUACAACUGAGAGUACAACUAUUUCCAUCGGGGAAACAAAUACUUUGACAGGUGUUCUACAUUCCACGGAAUCCAAAGAUGGACUCAUUGCUGGCCUCGUGAUUGGUGCGCUUCUGUUUGUGGGGUGGCUAUAGUCCUUGGGAUAUGGAUUUACAAGAAGAAAAGCAGCAAGAUAAGGUCAAGUGACUCCAAAGCCAAGCAGAUUACUAUGCAAAAAGACGCAAGGUUAGAUGAUAUGGAAACCGAAGACGGAACGUACGAAGAUACAGACAUGCGUGAUAACAGCGGUCGUUCGGAUAUCGAAAUGCAACCGGCGCAUGUGUUGCACAGCCAUGGAUUUGCCGCAACUAAUAAUAGAGCUGUACCGCCAAAACCACCGAGGCUCUUCAAGUACACGAACCAAGAAUUUGAUGACGCAAAUCAGGCGGAGAAAGACGACAGGGUCAUUCGGUCAGAGGAAACAUCACAGGCAGCGGAUGACGACGAAAAUAUAUAUCUAUAUGCGGAUGAUGAACCAAACAUAAAAAUUGAUCGUACAAUACCAAGUGAAUACGUACAGUACAAUCCUGAUUCAGACCAUGAAAAUACAGAUAAUCCUAAAUCUAUUGAAGAUGAUUGUACGUAUAUGAACGAUGAAUCUUUUUCUAAAACCGACAGCGAUGUCAAAGAAUAUGAUAAUAUAAAAACAAAUCCUGGACCAAAUGAGAAACGCAGUCAUACAGAUGUUGAACACAAUAACAGACAAAGUGAUGCGUCCGUGGGAAAAAAAUAUAUAGACAUGAAUGCGUCUCCUGAACCGACCAAGAAAUUAUUGCAUGUGAACACUGAUUUAAGGCUUAAUAUUUUGGGCUAUGCAGAGUCAGGUGGUGAGGACUAUUCACCUGAUCUAGAAACACCAGACUACGAAAACAGUGGGAACAAUAACAUACCAAACAACGCCGAUAGUGAUACAGGCAGUGAAGAAGAUGAAUAUUACAUAGAAAUGAAAAUGGUAACCAUAGAAAGACGAACAUCUGGAGGAAGCUUCUGUAGCAAAAACUAAAGCAAUGCCAAAAUGCAAGGAACAAUCAGUGGAUAGGUCGGCAAUGGCUAAGCCUAUAGUAGUUUCCAAUGAAAUAAUUGAAUCAAAGAUACCACUACCUCCGCCAAGGCGGUCUAAAAAGAUCAAAGCUAAGGAAAUAGGUACCUCAAAAGAAAUAAUACCGGGUAGCAAUAACGUAUCAGACAUGAGAAUGACUGGUGAUAACGAUGAGAGUCAAUAUCUGAAUGAGAAUAAAUCCAAAGUUGAAGAAGAAAAAGAUGAAGACAAUAGUGAACUCAAAACAGAGAAUGAUGACUAUGAUUAUGUAUAUCCUGAUUAUAAAGGUGAAGAUAAUGAUUCAGCUGAAGCACAUUCUAUGCAUUAAAUGCCGAUAUGUAUUAUGAGCAUUCGAUUGAACAAAACUUGUUUCAGGUCAAUUUUGGUCUUAUAAACUGUAUUGGGCGUAUCAUGUAGGAAUAUUGUUUAAUAACAAAAUAACAUGUACAUGUAUACAUUAACAUUUAAACCCUUCUGAUACGUAUGAUAAAGAGUAAGACACGACGAAUAACAAUGUCCUGUAAGUUUUCAAACAUGCAGUUCAAUUACAUCGUGUUGAAAUACUUAAUUAUUUGUAUUAUUGUAUACUUAAGUUGGAACACGUGUGCCUCUAACAAUCAAUGCUUACGUUUUGAUUUAAAAUUUGAUAAAUAAAGAAAAUAGCACUAUUUCCAUCGAUGAAUUAGUAAUAUUGAAAAUGCAACUAUUCGUAUUGUGCGUUCUUACUACAUGUGAGUGUAAAUGAUUUCAACUUGAGCUGAGUUAUGUUAAAUCUAUGAAUAACAUUUAGGCAUAACUUAAUUUAUUUUGUGUGUACUUGCUGUAAAUUUAUUUGUUUAAAAUUAUGUGUUCAAUAUAGUCACAUCUAAACGCUUUGCAAGCUUUGCUCAACUCAGCAUUUCCUUCAAACUUUGCAGAACUCAAAUAAUUCGAAUGUUACCAAACUCGCUCGUAACUAUUGAGAUCAAAUUAGCAUUUGUUCGCAUUUAUUAUUGAGCAUGUCAUAUAAAAUUGGUGAUAAAAACUGCUUAUUUC